GGAGGUGAGGCUUUUAUUGUGAAAACCCUACCGGAAAUCUCCUUGUUCCUACUUCCUACUUAUGUAUGUCAAUGGGGGAGACGAACCUGACAGUUAGAAUUAGCAUUAGCAUUAUAUUAGCUCCGAUACAGUUAGCGUCAUAUUGGCUCUGAUAUCCGAAGAGGAUUGAAGUUCUAACGUCGCUGCUGCCCAUGUAGCGUAGUGAUGUCUUUUGCAGCGGAGCUGCAGCAGAGGAUAGUGUCUGCUGAGUCGUUGCUGCAGCGUGCGGAGCAGCUGAGUCGUGGCGUGGAGGGCCAGCAGAAGCUGUGCGGGAAGCUGCGUGCCGAGCUGCGCUUCCUGCGGCGCGUGGAGGCCGGCGAGCUGCAGGUCAAACAGUCGCACCUGCACAGCACCAACCUGACGCACCUGUCGGCCAUCGUGGAGACGGCCGAGAGUCUGGAGGGCAUGGUGGCGCUGCUGCACGUCUUCACCUACCGGCACGCGGCGGCGGGCGCCGGCGGCGGGCGCCACACGCUGGUGGUGGACGUGGUGGCCAACGGGGGGCACACCUGGGUGAAGGCCGUGGGACGCAAGGCCGAGGCCCUGCACAACAUCUGGCAGGGCCGAGGCCAGUACGGAGACAAGAGCAUCGUCAGCCAGGCGGAGGACUUCCUGCGGGCCAGCCUCCAGCAGCCCGUCCAGUACCAGCCCCCCCACGUCGUCUUCGCCUUCUACAGCGGCGUCUCGGCCCCCAUGGCCCAGCGGCUCCGGGACAUGGGGGUGGCCGUCCGCGGGGACAUCGUGGCCGUCAGCGCCGUCACCCCCGACGACGAGGAGGAGGAGGGGGGGGAGAGGGAGGAAGAGGAAGGGGGGGGAGGGAGGAGGAGGAGGAGGAGGAGGGGGGAGAGGGAGGAGGAGGAGGAGGAAGAGGAGCCAGCUGAAGAUAACGAAGACAGCUGUAACCGUGACGCCGCUGGCGGCGAGGAGGCGGAGUGCGCUGCGUCCCGUGUGCAGCGUGGCGGCGGCGGGGGGCGGGGGGGGGCCGCGGUGCUGGCCCGCCUGGCCUUCCCCCCCCAGCUGCCCGUGGCGGCGUGCCAGCGGGUGAACCUGGACAUCUCGUGUCUGAUCACGCUGGUGUCGGCGCUGAGCCACGGCGGCUGCCGGCUCUCCUUCCGGGAGCCCGUGCUGACGGAGCAGGCGGCCCAGGAGCGCCGCGCGCCCGUGCUGCCGCCGCUGCACGCCUUCAUGGCGGGCAAGGAGCUGUUCGCCUGCCGCGCCGCCGUGGACGACUUCCAGCUGAUCCUGCAGACGCUGGGCGGGCCGGGGGAGCGCCGGCGCGCCGCGGCGCUGCUGGCGCGCCUCAGCGUGGUGGAGGACCGGCCGUCGGAGCGCACGCUGCGCCUGGCGCCGAGCGCCAAGGUCACGCCGCGCUCCGUCAGCAUCUUCGGCACCGGCGACUCGCUCAGGGCCGUUACCAUGACGGCAAACAGCCGCUUCGUCCGGGCCGCGGCCAAUCAGGGCGUCCGAUACAGCGUGUUCGUCCACCCCCCCCGAGCGCUGACGGAGGGGAAGGAGUGGAGGGCCACGCCCCUCUGACCCCACGGCAUCAUGGGAGGUAGAGGCCCCUCUGACCCCACGGCAUCAUGGGAGGUAGAGGCCCCUCUGACCCCACGGCAUCAUGGGAGGUAGAGGCCCCUCUGACCCCACGGCAUCAUGGGAGGUAGAGGCCCCUCUGACCCCACGGCAUCAUGGGAGGUAGAGGCUCUGACCCCACGGCAUCAUGGGAGGUAGAGGCUCUGACCCCACGGCAUCAUGGGAGGUAGAGGCUCUGACCCCACGGCAUCAUGGGAGGUAGUCUCUGAUCGCCGUGCAUCAUGAGAGUUAGAGGCUCUGAUCGCUGUGCAUCAUGGGAGUUAGAGGCUCUGAGUGCUGGGCAGCGUUUGGUGCAAAAACCUCCAAAAAAAGUGUCUAAAAACUUUAAAUAAAGCAUUUAAAAAAUAUAUCUCCAGAGAUGAUAUUUCUGUUCUUAUUUUCCUCAAGAUUAUUUUUGGGAAGUUUCAGGCUACGGAGCAGCCGGGGCUGAUGGGAGUUUGAGUCCCGGGGAAGGCUCCGUGUUUCCUCUGAUGGUGAACAUGUUUAAUCUCCACGGUUACGUUUUGGGUUAAAGAGGAAUAUCAGCUGCUUUUCUGUCUCUGUUUCAAAGAUCAAUAAAGCUUCACAGUCA